AUGGACAAGGAGAAACCUUCUGGUCUGGUGGUCUUUUCGGAGGGUGCGAAGGUUGGAAACAAAUACUGCGUGAUCACCAUUCACGAUGAUGCCGAAGCAUGUAAGUUUACCUGCCUGGCCUAUGACCCACUUGAAGCCGAGACGUAUCGAUGUGAGCUGACGUACCGUGAACUGGAAGUGGGCAUGGCUGGCUCCUCUGGCUCACGAUGUGCCUGGAUCACAGCACACUUGGAACUCACCGGUGGGAAGCCAUUGGUCCUACAGAUUCGGAAGGAUGAUGACUCAACACCAGCCAAGCUGCCGUCACAGGCAGAGCUGUCGCAAAUCGAAGAAAAACGACAACAUCGAAUACAAGCCAAAGAAGAUGCAUUCAAGCAACGCUUCAUGGACCAUCUCCACAAGAUGAAGCUGGACGAGGAGGUGUCAGCCAAACUGCGCGAAGAACGCAUCGCCCAAGCGCGCGAGGCGCGCAAGGAUAUUUUGGUGGCCAAGCAGCGGGAAAGUGCCAGCAGAAAAGAGCACUUGGCCGCAGUGGAAAGGUUGCAAGAGAUUAUUGAUGCCAUCAAGGGCGGCUCCGGCAUUGACCAGGUGAUGAUCGAAACCACGGGGAUGGCAGAUCCAGUCCCCAUUGUGCGAACCUUUAUGUCCAGCCCAGAAGUAACGCAGGACUUGCGCUUGGAUGCGGUGGUCACCGUCGCAGACUCCAAGAACCUGCCGAAACGCCUGGACGACACCGUCGAAGAGGGCAAGGUGAACGAAGCCUUUCAGCAGGUGGCCUUUGCCGACAAGAUCAUUCUGAACAAGCUGGACCUGGUCUCCUCGGAAGAAGCCAUUGCAAUAAAGGAUCGAAUCAGAAGUAUCAACACAUUUGCGAAGAUCAUCCCUGCAGUGAAGGGCAAGGUGAAGAUGUCCGAAUUAUGCAACAUUCGAGCCCACGACAUUUGCAACUUCGUCAAUGAGGACAUUGAUAAAGAUGCGGAGGCACCGCAUGACAUGACUAGCAUUUUUGGUGAUGGCACAAGAUGUAGAGGACAUGUAGACGUGUGCCACACAUUACGUCCUCCAUAUCCAUGGGGAACCACAGAUAUACUACAAGAGCACUGA